UACACACACUUACAGGAUGACAGAUGUAUCCCUGCUUGAGGGGGAGGAACUGAGAGGGUUUAUAGCGAAGGUAGUAGAGUGUGACGUUCUGUGUGCUAAACAGGUUUCCUACAUAAACAGAAGUAAACAUGAGUCUUGUGUGGCUGCCAUUAGCAGGCAUAGGGUUAUCCUCUACAACAUACGGACUAAAAGAGUGGAACACAACAUGAACUUCCUGAACAUUAAAAGUCUCACCAGCGGCUCCAACAGCACCAUUUCACUGAGUACAGACAAGACGCUGAUACAACUUGAGUGUACUGAUAUUGACGGGUUUAUUGUGCAACUCUUCGUUCUUAUCUCUAUAUCCUUCCCUGCUUGUGAACUCAGUAAACUAGAAGAAAGUAUUGCCGAUAAAAAGUGGAGUUUGACAACCUACAAAAUCAUCCCCGAAACACGACAAGAAAAGCUGAUCGCUAAAGUCGAGCGUCGGCUGGAGACAUUAGAAGACAUGACCUUGUUGGAGACAUUUCGUCCUGCGUACGAGGCGUUCUGCGAUUACUACGAUAUCAGACCAGACCCUUCUGUUGUUUGGACCAUUGAAAGGGUUUACUAUGUUCAGCAGAGAAAGAUAUUUGACCUUCAAGACUUCGAUCAUCUGCCAAAUAACCAAAUUCUAGCAACGCUGAGUACUAUCAAAUACACUGGAUGGUUUAAGGGAAUUCGAACAAAGGACAAGCGCAUGAAUAGUGAAAUUCUGCAAAAGAUACUGACGACCUGCCAAACGACUCCUUCCAUCAGUACUGUGUGUCUUUCUGGUGUCGGACAGUUAGGUGACCCGCUCGAAUUGUUAAAUUCGCCCGACCUCAACAUUACCACUCUCGACCUGUCGGAGAACAAUCUUGAUGACAAGGAGACGACCAUUAUGUGCAAUAUCUUGUACAAGUUGUCGGGUUUGCAACGCCUCAACCUUGCUGGCAGCAAAUUUACUGAUAAGGGUCUAAAGAUGAUAACUGACUCGUUGAAACAGUCCUGCUCCUCAUCUCUGCUCUCACUUACCCUAGACCGGUGCACAAAUGUCAAGCCCGAGGGGUGGGCUUGUCUCUCUGACGUGUUGUGUCAUCUUGUUAUGUUACAGGAACUAUCUCUUGCUGAGACUACCAUCCCUCUUGAAUCGAUCUGGACACCACUGCUGCAUGGAUGUGUUGGCCAACUUAAAAAGCUCAAUCUGGCUCACACCAAGUUUUCUGCUAACAAGGGCAACGCAUCUUGUUGCAACAAAGUAAACAGGUUUAUCGUGACAUGUCAAGACUUGAAUCACAUAGAUCUCUCCGGAUGUAAGCUCCCUCCCGACGUUCUCAAGUUACUACUAUCUGGAAUAUCCGAUAAUAUCCUUCUUACAGAAGUUUACCUAAACCUCUCUUUUUGUGAGCUAGGAAUAAGCGGAAUCAGACUGCUAGCAUCACUGCUCCCCUCUCUUACCAAUGUGACAAGCUUGAUACUGAGCAGUAACGAGGGUGAGGGAGAGUUGAGCACGCUGCUCACUGCUCUACAUGGUUACAAGGGGGUCAAACACCUCGAUAUCAGUGACAACUUCAAGUUAAACAAACUCAAAGAUAAGAGAUUCUUUGUGAAGACACUGAUAUCAUUAGUGGAGGACAAGGAGAACACAAUACAAAGUCUCAAUAUCUCUAACUUGAAGUUGAAAUCAGAACUCAACCCUUUUAUAGGAUGUCUAGCAUACAACAAGAAACUAAGAGAGUUGGAUAUGAGUGGUAACGCCACCCUUAACUCAGGAGCUAGGGUACUUGCCCAGUCACUUUCUGUCAACAAAACCCUCAGGAAGAUAGCCCUAGAUAACAACCAGAUAUCUCUUCAAGGGUUUAAAGAUCUAGCAGCAGCUUUCUCUCUAAACACCACCCUCCAAAGUUUGGUAUAUCCUUAUCAAGAUAUAGGUUCCUCUUCAAGAUCGAAUGAGAUCGCUUCUUGUAUUAAUAAGAUGACCAGUGUCGUAGAGAAGAACAAUUCACCAGAUAUUGCAGGAGGUGACCUGCUCCUUCAUCAACAAUACUUUAUCCUCAACUCUUCUGAGAAUCUGCAACUCGAUAAGGCGGUCGUAAAUCUCUACGACAACCUGACCAAAGCGCAGGGUAGAAAAGGAGAGGCUUUCAUCAGAAAAAAGAAAGAAGGACUCGACCUGCUUAAAGAAGCUGAAAAAUGUUAUCAGUUAAUGCACAUGCUGCACGACAAAGCAGACUCGCAACGUACCAAGAUCUACGCGGGCGCAGCCAGCUCUGAUGUUUACAGAGAAACGGCUAAAAACGUCUCCAACAUCGUCAACAAAGAGUUGGCACUCCUGUCGAGCAUGUAUCAGACUACUGUUGAGAAGACUGUUCCCAAGCUCAUGCUCAAUGAAGACUCUAGGAACAAGAGUCAAAAAUACUGUGAGGACACGUGCCGAAUUAGCGAAGACUCCGUUUACGGGUCUCUCUCAAAGACCUUCCAACACGAGCUCACUCUCAUUAUCGGAAAAUGUAUGCUUCAAGCUGAGACCAAGAUCACGACGCUCAUUGUUGAUUCCAUGGUGACGAGGCUCAAUGAACUUGCGAAGCAUGUUGAAGAACUAAACUCUAAAAAAGGCUCGACCUCCACAGAACCUAAAGACGCUGAUAAAGAUGAGGAGAAUGAGCAGGAGGAGGAGAUUGAUGAGAGCAUCAAACAACGUCGCUUCACUUACACCGAGAAACGAAAGGAAAUAGUGAGGAAUGAUCCGCCCACGCCCAGAUCAGCAUCGGUCUCCUCGAUCAACAAACCUAAACCCUCAGUUCCCGCCAAGCCCAGCAAACGGAAGUCGGUUGCUGACUCUAUUGUCAGCUCUGACAAGGAAGCCCUUGUUCCGUCCAGAGCUUCUUCUGAGGCUGACUCUGAGAGUAUCAAGAGUGGUGUGAGUCUGAGUAUCGAGGUUGAGAUUACCCCUAUACCUGAAGAGAAACCAGAUGUUAAGGAAAAACCUGUUGCCAAAGAAAGACCCGUAGUUGUAGAAAAGCCUGCAGUUGUAGAAAAACCCGCAGUUGUAGAAAAGCCCGCAGUCGUAGAAAAGCCUGUGGUCGUAGAAAAGCCUGUGGUAGUUGACAAACCUGUCGUCGAGCCAGAAACACCAGAGGUAACCGAGAAGGAGGUUGAACCGGAAGAAGAAACUGGCGUUCUUGAAACAGAAAAAGAGGCAGAGCCUGAAAAAGAGGCUGAGCCUGAAAAAGAGGCAGAGCCCAAAAAAGAAACAGAAGCUAAGGAAGAAGCUGAAGUAGAAAUAGAAGCUGAAAAAGAACCAGAGACAUCAGAUGAUGUAGAGAAACCCGCAGAAGAACCAGAAAAUGAUAAGGAAGUUGCCGAGGUGAAGGUAGUCACAGAGGAUAAACCCGACGUUACGGCGGAGGCGGACGGGUUGGAGCUUACAAAUGGAGAGACAACCUCUUCACUUGACUUCAAUGUGAUUGAGGAUACUGCUGCUCUCACUUCGGUCACUAAAACCCGUGUAAGAGGACCCAAGAAGAAGCAUCGACCUACCAAGUCCCUAGCUAUCACAACUCUAGAUCCAUUUGAAGUGGCAGCAGCUAGUGACAGGAACGAACAGAAUGGAACCCCCGAGCCUCCAACACCUGAGCCCGAAGUCAAACCAAAACCUAAAAAGACUUAUGGAAAACCGAUGGGUAUGAUGGGUAUGGGCAUGGGAGCAAUGAACAGCGAGCUAAUGAACAAGCUGGGCGGUAGGAAGAAGCCGACUACACCCGAACCAAAAGCUGAAUCCUCAGAACCAUCAACAGAGACCCCUGAAAAAUCACCAGCGCCAAAGAAAGCACCCUAUCGACCACCUGGUGCCAGAGCGAUGCCCGGUAUGGGAUUCGGCAUGGGAGGAGGGAUCGGAAACGAGCUAGCAGGAAAGUUAAAGUCACGGAACAAAGCCGUUGAAUCUGAGGAGAAAACUACGGAAUCCGAUGACAAAGCUUCACCGCCCGUUCCCAAAGCGAAACCGAAAGGUGGAUUAAAUAUUUUCCCUAAACCCGACGCUAAUCGACCACGCAGUCCAGGAUCUCUUGGUUCUGGUUCCCGUAAAACUCCAGAGACACCGGAAAAGCCUAACAUUCGGACCAAGUCUUGGGGCAAACAAUCCUGAGUCUAGGGAUUUUAUAUUAUGGGAAUUUUUAGAUCAACUGCGUGUGAAGACUAUGUACAAAAUUAUGUUAAAUUUUCAUUACGUUGUUAAGAUUUGGAGAUUUGUUAUGAGAUUUAUUUUAAUAAUGUAGAAAAGAGAAAAGUAAGCGGUGCAAUUUCUCUUUUAAAUGGUGACUUAUUAUAUCAAAAUUACGCUAGAUUCCUCGACAGUCUUCAUCACUUAAUAAGAUAAAUUUGUACAAGGCAAAUUACCAGAUUGAUUGUUUUUAUGAAAAUUGAUUUUUAUGAUUUUACUAUUUUUAAUCAAUCCGAGUUAAAUAUUGGAUUCAGAUUCCAUGAUUCAAAUUCAAUCGCAAUAUUAUUAAUUUACCCGCUCACCAUUUUGUUUAUCUUCAUUAUGAUGAAACAGUAUGAGCUAAAAGACGUUAGAUAUUGGUGGGCAUUUGUAAGGAUUUAUUUGUAUAUCAUUAUUAUGAUUGAUGACUGCUCAGUCCAAUAGACACUAGACAGUCCAACUUGCGAACAAGCCUGUUAAAUACACUUAUCAAUACUAACAGAUUCGAUUUAUUAAGUUUUGCUAACUUGGAUUAAAUAUUUUUAAUUGGAAUCGUACGAGGAAGUGGAUUGUAACUGUAAUAGUAGUAGUAACACAGUAAUCCUGACUCCUAUCAAAUCAGUUAGUAACAUUAGCUCUAGAUACGUUUUGUUUUUACUGGAUUAUGUGUGUGAGCUGACUUUUGUAUGAAACAUUUGAGAUUUGUCGGAAAAAUAAAGGUUUAUCAAUUUGUUUUAAUUUUAAA